AUGCAGCGUUUAGUCGCAUCAAGCACGGGGGCACGUGCCGCACUUUGCCCUCGGUAUACAACGUCACCCUUUUUCUUCACACGGUCGUUGCGGACCGCCGCUGAAACUGUGCCGCAAUCACCAAUUCGCGUGUUCCGCGCGGUCGACGAUGUCCGGAAAUGGAGGAAGCCGCAAAUGAUCAACUAUCGCAGCGUGGGCCUCGUGCCGACAAUGGGCGCCUUACAUGAAGGUCAUCUGGCUUUGAUCCGGGCCGCUGCCAGGGAGAACCAUCAUGUUGUAGUGAGCAUCUAUGUCAAUCCUGCGCAAUUUGGUGUCAAGGAGGACCUGUCGUCUUAUCCUGUCACUUGGGAGACGGAUAUCGCUGCGCUGGCAAAGCUCGAUCGCGAAUUGGCGGAUGACGGAGGCAAUCUGGGGAGGAUAUCGGCGGUAUUUGCGCCUACUACGCCGGAGAUAUAUCCCUCUGGGUUUCCUGGACAGGCCAUUGACAGCAAGGGGAGUUUUGUUACAAUAACACCCGUGGCCGAGGUUCUUGAGGGCGCCAGCCGACCAACCUUUUUCCGUGGCGUCGCAACUGUUUGCAUGAAGCUUUUCAACAUCGUUCAGCCCGAAAAGGUGUAUUUCGGCCAGAAAGACGUCCAGCAGACGGUCGUUAUUCGGCGCAUGGUGAAGGAUCUCAUGGUCCCUACGGAGGUGGUCAUUUGUCCGACCGAACGCGAGGCGGACGGUCUGGCCAUGGCCUCAAGGAAUGUCUACCUUGGAACUAGGCGUCGUGAGGUGGCCAUUGUUCUCAACACUGCUCUGAGAGCUGCUGAGAAUGCGUACCGCGCUGGACGAACAGACCGGGCAUCGGUCCUUGGAGCCGCCCAGGAUGUUUGCGACAUGAUGCUCAGGGCGCAAAGGGACAUGAAGCCAAGUGAAAGAGUUCUGUUUGAGAUUGAUUACAUUUCUCUUGCCGAUCCUGAUUCACUGCAGGAGGUAGAUACUAUUGAUGUAGCAAAGGGGGCUGUGUUGAGCGGUGCUGUGCGAAUGCUGCCAGUAGAGGAGCCGCAAAACGGUGAGGACCUGGGUCAUUCUGGCGGUCCUGCUGUCCGGCUGAUUGACAAUAUUAUUCUACCGCCCAAGUCAACUUGA